GUUAGUGUCCUAUUUAUUUUAAUGGCGGCAGAAUAAGUUGCACGUUUGUCGGACUGUUGCUAUUGCACACAUAAGUAUUAGAUCUAGAGUGUGAUGGGAAAAUUGAAUGAUUAAAUAACUGGCACCGUGAGAGAUAUCUGAAGACUCAAGAUGGAUAGUGAAGAGGCGAUUAUGGAAAAUGAGAAUAACUCUAAUCUGGAGUCUCAGUCAAACAUGAGAGAACAGAUGACUGAAGGUCGUCCUCCUUUGCCUCAAGCACCCCCUGACAGGGAUGAAAAUUCCAGUGCAAAUAUAAACAGCAGAGGGAGUCCUUUGCCUCCUAGUACCAGUCAAUAUAGUGACACAGCUCGUGACUCAUCUGAGGGACAAACUUCACAAUUAGGAGGUCAGAGGCCAGAAAAAACAGAUGAGACUGCCAUGGUGGAGCCAGCUACUAGUGCUUCAGGGUCAGAGCAAGACUCUCAAAUUGAACCGUUAGACUAUGAAACUUUGGUUGGAGGUGAGAAUGAAGAUUCUGGUGAGUUGAAACGUGUUGGAAAAGCUGUGGAGGAAGAUGCCCCUGUAGAAAUGUGUAUUGACAGUGCCACAGACUCAAGUGAAAGAAAGGUAGAGUGUGGUGACUCUUUGUCUGAAGUCACUUUGGGGGAGGAUGAGAGUUUGACUUGCUCUGGUGAAACAAAUGACAAUCUUAAGGAACAACAGGUCCAAGAAUUGCCAGAGAAUGACAAUGGAGACAACAAUAUAACUGCAGUCACGAGCAGCUCUUCAGAGGAUAAGAAUUCCCUUCUUCCAAAAAAGACGGAAGUUGCAGGCGAUGAUGCUGAGAAAAUGGAACUUGAUGAGGGAGGCACGUGGGAAGAUGACUUAGAUUUAUUACCUGAUGAUGAAGACCCUGGUCAGACAGUUGAUGGUGACAGCGCUGGACACACUGUAUCUGAGAGGGAAGAGGUUGGCCCUGUGACGGGAAGUCUUGAACAUGGUUCAAGUCAUUGCAUGAGGUCCGAGGAAAGACAGAAAAUAGUUGAUGAAGAAAUGGGUUGUGAUAAUGAAGCGGAAAAAGAGGUGGCCAGCAGUGUGAAGGAAUGUUGUAUGCAGGAGGCUGUCGGUCAGGAAAGUAUCGAGUUUACAGGCAAUGUUGAGUUGUCUAAGCAAAUGGAAGAUGAGCAAGUAUAUAAAGACUCUAGCACAGCACAGGGAGAAGGGCCAUCUGAAAUCAGUUCAAUAUCACAAGAAAAAGAUGCAAGUGAAGGUAAUGAAGAAGACUGUCCACAAACAGUCGAAAUUUCUCAUGUGGAUACAGAUGUUAAGGCAUCAGUUGAAGGUGGUGGAAUCGUAAUUGACAAUCAGAAAGCAGACAGUAUUAAUGCAUCGACAGAAGAAAUGUCUGUUGAUGUCUCCAGUGAUCUAGUUCUUGAGAAAGAUGAUGAAAGAGGAGAAAAUAACCCUGUUACAUUGUCUGAUAGUAAAUAUCUUGAUGCAGAAGACGAUGUGGACAUGGGUCCCAGUGAGGCACAAGAUGAUUGUGCCAAAAUGGAAAAGGGACUCGAUGAGGGACAAGAUGAUAGUGCUAAACUAGAAACAGGACCCAUUGAGGAACAAGAUGGCUCCGCUGAACUGGAAACCGGACCCAGUGCUGUGCAAGAGAACACUGCGGAACUAGAAACAGGAUCCACAAUGGGACUACAUAGCACUGGUGAACCGGAAACAGGACCCAUUGAAGGACGAGAUGACAAUACAGAACUGAAAACAGGAUCCAAACAGGGACAAGAUGCAAUUGCCGUACCUGAGACAGGACCCAGUGAAGGACAAGAUGCCAUUGCCAUACCUGAGACAGGACCCAGUGAAGGACAAGAUGACAUUGCUGAACCUGAAACAGGAUCUCCUGAAAUAGGUUUCAAUGAGGGACAAGAUAACACAGCUGAACUGAAAACAGGACCCAAUGAAAGACAGAAUGACAUUGCCGAACCGAAGUCUGGACCUGAUGAAGGACAAGAUAACAUUGGUGAGCUAGAAUUGGGACCCAGUGAGGUACAAGAUGAUGUUGCUGACUCAGAAUCAGGACCCAAUGAGGGACAAGAUAAAACAGCUGCUACUCCCACAGAAACAGAAGUUGAAGAAGAAUCUGAGCCGCCAGAUACAGAAGUGAAAGACGAGACACCAGGAGAAAAGAUGUUGCCUUGUAAUGAUGAAGGAUUCGCUGAAACUGAUGGUCAAGCACCUGUCGCCCCUGUAGCUUCUAGCCAGGAUGCACAAAGUGAAAAUUCUGUCGUGGAUGAAAGUGCUGUAACCUCUUGUUCGGGAACAUCGGUUACCGGUGAUAUUCGUAUGGAAGAUAACCCAGAUCGAAGUACCAGAACAGAUUCUGCUGUGGAAGAAAUGUCAGCGGAAAUCUCUGCUAAUGCGAGUGGCAAAACUGAAGGGGAACAAAUGUCUGAGCCUGAAGUCCUGGCUGCUGACAAAACUUCUGAUGGACCAAUGGAAGACUCUGUCACUCAAAUUGACUCUGUUCCUCAACCAAAUGAAGAGAAAUGUAAUUUGACCACUGCUCAGGAAAAUGUAUGUGUGGAUGCUAAAGAGACGGAAGAGUCAGAGGGGACCUUGGGAAUGGACAGUCAUGAGGAAAUGGAAAUUGAUCAGCAAGAAGAGGUAUCAUCUCAGAAUGAGGGGCAGAAAUCAUCGUCAGAAAAAGGUCCAGACGCUGAAGCGACAUCAGAUUCUGCUGCAGCUUCUGAGAAGAAUGAAUCUGUCUCAGAUAUGGGUGACAAAGUGGAUGAAAGGGAGAUGGAUGUUUCAGAUGUGUCUCCUGAAGCUGACUCUUCUGUUGAACUGACAUGUGCCAAACAGAAACAGUCUGAAGAGGAAUCGAGUGAACCAAAAGAAACUUCUGAAUUAACAGAAGGAAAUGGAAGUUCCAGUGUGGAGGUGUCUGAAGAUGGGGUUGCUGUGGGCACAGAGGUUAACCAAGAAGUAAGUCUUGGGAAUGACAGUAAUAGUGUAGUGACAACUGAAGACGGUAAAGUCAGUGAUGUGAACAAGACAGCUCCCACUGACGAUGAUGAUGACAUUGAAAUUAUUGAUGUUAAGAAAGAGAGAGAAGAAACUUCGAUGGAUACAUCAGCUUCAGAGAGCUGUGUGGUCAAAUCUGAAGUGAAACAGGAGCCAGAGCCAAAAGUCGGAAAAGAGACAGAGCCAGAGGAUGAUGUUGUGGUUCUUGAUGAUGAUGAUGAUGAUGUUGUUGUUGUACCAGUGAAAGCUGAGGUUGCAGAAUCAAAAGACUCGAAGGCUGAAGAGAAUGGCCUUGGCAUUAUGAUUUCUUCUGUCGCUGGUCAACAGCACAUGCUCCAUGCCAGUGCAGACAACAGUGAGACGUCUUCAAAACCUCAAGAAAAGAAACAAGGUGGGUCUAAGAGCAAAUCUGGGAAGUCAAAGACUCACACUUGCAUUGUUUGUCAGAAGGUGGGUCGGUGCAAGUACAAUAUCGUCCGAAAUGGAGAUGUGAAGCACUUGUGUGAUGAUGCUUGCUUUAAGAAGUUCCGCUCCUCUCCCAGCUCCUUCCUGAAAUACAAAGACCCUGGCAAGAAGGCAAAGGAUGCGGCAACAACAGCAGAAACCAAAACCACACAGAUGGAGUCUUCAGCACUCAAGGGAGCUCUGAGUUCCCCUCCUGGUUCUGCUACCACAGGCUACAAGACAUGUGUAGUGUGUCAGCUGAUGAACUUGAACACAUACCCAUUCUGCAACUGGCUAGGGCUGGAUUUUUGUGGAGAGGCUUGUCUGGGGAGAUUUCAGGCCAAUUUAGCCAGCACUUGUUCUUUCUGCAACGCAUUUGUUCCCGUUGAAAUGAGAACUGUAUUUUGCUUGAAGAUUGGAAAUGAAGUCCGCCCUUUCUGCAAGUCAAAAUGCUACAGUGAGUUCAGGAGGAUGUUGAGACUGUGUGCGUUCUGCCAAAAAAAUUUAUCUUCAGUUCCCGACGCUGUAACUAAGACUGUGGGGGGCUCGAAAACGAAGGAGUUCUGCUCUAAAGAGUGCCUGAAAAAAAUGGAAGAGCAAUUCAACGAUGUUGAGAUACUGGAUGCAAAGAACGCUCCAGUUAUUUCAGGUGACACUUCUUUGGCAUGCGCAGUGUGCCUGAAGAAGGGCGCGAUGAAGCACACAGUUCGCAUUGGCGACAAGACUAGUGCACUGUGCAGCGACCUGUGCCUUUCUGCCUUCCAGUACACCAACAAGAUUGGCAUGAACCGGUGCGAGAGCUGUGGCAACUUGUGCACUGCAGAGGAGAUGCAGGCCCACUUUGUCCAGUUUGAGGGGCAGAUGAGGCACUUUUGCAGUGACUCGUGUGUGAACCGUUUCCGCGUACUGAAGACAAAGAUGGUGCCCUGCUCCUGGUGCAGCACCAGCAAGCCCAACUUUGACAUGAUAGAGCGGCUGGAUGUGGAGAGCAAGUACCAGCUCUUCUGCUCGCUUAACUGCCUGUCUCUUUAUCGUGUCAACCUCCAGGCCAAGUCCAGCCAGGCUGUCUCCUGUGACCAGUGCAAAAAGACUGUUCCUGCCCAGUAUCACCUGACAAUGAGUGAUGCUUCGGUGCGCAACUUCUGUUCUUACACAUGUGUUAUGGCAUUCCAAGCUCAGUUUGCUGCAAAACCUCAGACUACUUCUCUUGGUCCAGUAAAUUCGGUAGCACCACAGCGUCAGCAGCAGCAGCAACAACAGCAACCGCAGAAAGCAGCAACGGGGGGAAAACCGCGUGGACGAAUGAGCACAAGACAAAAGUCCAAAAAGAAUGCGCCAGCACCGGUAGCCCAAGGGCCGUCCAUUCCUGUCAUUUCCAGUGUAGUGUCCCUAGCUCCAGCUACUCAAAAAGCCAUAACAUUGCCCCCAGUUGCUGCAGCAGUUCCUUUUCAUUCAAAUUCAGAGUUGAACAGAGUGCCUUCUGCAGAUGCAAAGCAACAUAUUGUAGUUCAAGAGCCACCAGCAAAAGUCAUGAAGAAUAAAUUAGUUCAAUGUCGGCCCUUGACUCUUACCAAGGCGACGUCUUGUCGUCCUCACUCACAACCUAAAGAGGUCCAAACAGAUGAAAUCCCUCCGAAAAACGUGGCAAUUCCCAUCCCAGUCCCGAUCUACAUCCCAAUGCCCACAGUAAUGUACUCGGCUCCCACACCGCAGUUGGUGCCUAUCCCAAUCCCUAUUCCGGUUCCUAUGUUUAUCCCCACCACCAGGAAAUCUGCCAACGGAAUCCUCAAAGCGAUAAAGGAGAUUGUGGAGCGCAUGCCGGCUGAUCCCUUGGAAGCCGAGUUACUGAUGAUGGCUGAAGCUGUUGCCUUGGAUCCCAAAACAGGCGACAGUGACACAGACUCUGAGGAUGCUGGUGGAGAAGACUUUGGCGGAGCAGAUGAGGAAAUGAAACCUGCUUCGAAAGAAGAGGAGACCGUGAUAAUGAGAAAGAGGGAAGGUGGAGGCGAGGAAGACAUGAUCCAAAUGGCGCUGCGCAUGGCAGAGGAGAUGUCAGGUCCCAUAGAAGAUCUGGAAUCUUCCGUGGAACCUGUGGCUGUCAAUACAGAGCCCCCUCCACAACUGAACCAAGUAAAUCCAUAUGAAGCCCAAGUAGACGAAGAGUACACUCCAAGCCGUUCAGGCAGGGGUCGGGGGGCAAAGAGGCAGAGCAGGGGUAGACCCCCUGCUUCCAGUCGACCCAAACGCCAGAAAGUGGAGAGAUCCUACGGAGAGGAGGCUCAGGUCCAAAUACAGCCACCUGCUCAGCCAGUGAACCUGGAACCUCCUCCAGAUGCGAACUACCGGCUGAAGUUCACCUACGGUGUGAAUGCAUGGCGGCACUGGGUGAUCAACAAAAAUGCUCAAAUUGAGAAGACAAAAAUAAGUUCAGGUAUUCAGCGCAUCCGGACUUUCCCCACGGACAUUCUCAAAUGUACAACGGAUGAGCUCAACUUCACCAUGUGCAUGUUCAUUAAGGAAGUUCGAAAGCCAAAUGGAGAGGAGUACUCCCCAGAUAGUGUUUAUUAUCUCUGCCUGGGUAUUCAGCAGUACUUGUAUGAAAAUGGGCGCAUUGAUAACAUCUUUACAGACUUGUAUUUUGAAAAAUUCACUGACUGUUUACAUGGUGUUCUGAAGACUCUUCAACCUAAAGUCAACAGCCAAGGUCAGACACUUUGCCGAAUUGAAGAGGAACACCUGUGGGAGAGCAAGCAGUUGGGUGCACACUCCCCGUAUGUGCUGCUCAACACGCUCAUCUACUUCCACACCAAACAUUUCAUCCUCAAGACUGCCCAGGAGCACAUGUCUCUUUCCUUUGCCCAGAUCCUCAAACACUUGAAGAAGGGUGUGCCCACAAAAGGCAGCACCGCAAGUAGCAAGAAUGUAGCUCUGCGUUACUACUGCUUGGCUAAUGGGAAGAAAGAUGGAUUGGCUGCUAGGAAAAGUAAAGAGGGUGUACCCGUCUAUGAGGUGACAGAAAACUUUGACAACCCUCUACGGUGCCCUGUGAAGCUCUAUGAGUUUUUCCUUUCCAAAUGUCCGGAGAGCAUCAAAAACCGACACGACAUCUUCUACCCUGUGCCUGAGCGCUCGUGUGUUCCCGACAGCCCUGUGUGGUACUCGACUCAAACCAUGGACCUUCACACCAUGGACAAGAUGCUGACCCGAAUCCUGCUGGUGCGAGAGAUACAGGAGUCUCAUCUGCACGCCCAGCCCAUCUACUUGUAGUGAAAGCUUUGUGUCCGUUUGUUACAGUACAUUGUCGUCUAGCUGUCCAUAUGUACUCAGUCAAGAAAGCAAAAUUUUUCUGGAGAGAAGAAAAAUUAAUUUUUACCUAGAUUAUGUUUCUUUCCUUGCUUUAAAAAAAAUCAGUAUUUAGAAUUUGAAUUUCGACAAAAUAUUUCUUGAGCACAUGCAACUGACACCAGGGGUUAAAAAAAAUAAAUUGGGGCUCAGUAUGUCUAAACAGCUGGCAAAUAUGGAUCUUCACGUUUUUCAACAUCAUCAUCAGGGUCCAGAGUGCAUAAAAUGGAUAGAGACUUUGGGUGAGUGUAUUGGUAGCUUGAGUAGUUUCCUGCUUUUUGGUGCGGAUCAGCUUCUUUGAGACAGUCAAAGAUGUUUUGUGCAGUUUAGACAGUGUUGUGUCUGAAGUUUUGUUGUCAAAUCACAUCAAAUGGGACAUUAUAAUCUGUGCCAUUUUUCCUCAACUGACAAAAACAAAACACAUUGUAGGAGAAUGUGUGAACUGGUACUUACUCCUGACUGAGCUUUCCUACUUUGAUGUAACAUUUGGUGAAUUUUUAAUGUUCUACAUUACUAUUAUUUCCUCGAGUGCUUUCUGAGGUGAUUUGCAAGUAUAUUGUUAGAAUAAUUGAUUUCAAGAAUUGCCUGUCACUAUCACAAAAUCCCAUAAGAAAACUAUGCAUUGUUCGUUUUGUGUGCAAUAAGUAUUGAUGUUUUGUGUAUUAGUUUUGACAAGUAAUUCUGGCAUUACAUUCUUCACUGGGUGCAAAUAAACAUUUUAUUUUAUUUUACAGUAGAGUCAACUAUAUCGGGGCAUGCAUGGUAAUCUGAAUUUGAAAAAGUGGAUUCCUUGAUCUGAGAUCUGUCCAGUUUUUUCCCCUGGCAUUUUUUGGGUAUAUUUCUAGUUCAUAAGUUUUUAAAGUACUGGACCGUGAUUUUGUGGUCCACCACUAAUUAACUCUUGACACAUACUGCUUGAGACAUCCUGACAUUACCUAUCGGCUUGACAGUAGCCAGUAACUGGUUAUUGGACUGAAGAUCGGCCGUAGAGUGAGUGGUUUGGAAUGUGUGUGUGUGGCAUUUUUGCACUAGUAAAGAUUGCGAUGAAAGAGAAGUCUGGGAUUGUUGAGUACAAUAGAUUGGUACUAAGACGUAACUGGUUUCAGGGAAUGUACUCUCAAGGAAUUGGCAGGUGUGUGGACCACACCAUGUAUGGUAGUGUUUUACUUUGUUCAGUGUUUAAAUUUCUGGGCCUUGUUUCACUCUACGAGCAUCCCAGGCCUGUGCUCCUGAGCUCCUGAGCUCCUGUGCAUAGACUGCUUGAUAACACAGCUACACGCUCAGGUACAAGUUUGGUGCACAGAGGAGUAAAGGUAUUUGUGCUCGUUCAUGUGUUUGGGGCCAUCGGGUCACGCCAAAGAUGAUGAGGCUAGUGAAUAAGAAAUAUUUCACCAAUGGUGUAGAAUUGCUAUUGUUUCAACGCACAGUUGUAAAUUGUUUUAUUUGAAUUCACAGUAGUUGAAAACUUUUGAGAUGAUGUGAUCAUGAUGGAUUCCAAUAAUUUUGUACUUGACGUAGAUUCAUCCUCACUUGUACCAAGACUGAAAACUGUUCUCGAUUGAAAGAAAUACUAUUUUUUGGGAUACUUUUGUUUUCCUGCGAGGGUAUUAAAUUAAAUGAAGAGUUGGGCAUAUUGUCCUUUAUUUUCUCUUCUUAUUCAGUUGUGUCAGUUAUUGUCUUCUGACCUCAGUGCUGACAGCUGUUCUUCAUGUAAUAGUCUGUUGGUACAAAUGGCAUUUCCUCUGAGUAUUGGACAUAUUUGGGUUGGGACAUGCAUGUGUGUAUGUGUGUGUGACGUUACUUUUGUUCUGUAGCUUGUAAGGGACAGCGAUACCUUCUGUCUUGUUCAUGAACAGUGUCAGCCUGAGUGUAUCCUUUGUACUGUUCAGGAAGAAUGUCAGUAUGAGUAUAUUCUUUGUUUAGAGUGUUCCAGAACCUAUGCUCUGUACUUGUUAUACAGUAUAACACAGAUAGGUUGAACCCAGAAGACUCUGAAUCACGCAUUUGUCAAACUGUGCCUGAGGUCUGUUUUUAAAAAAAAAUUUGUAAGUCUUCUUUAUCUUUGUAAAAUAUUUCUCGAACUACGGAUCCCUUGAACUACCAAGGCGUCCCUGAUGAAUUCGAGCUAUCUUUGUUAUACUGUAUGAAGUCUAGCACGCAAAAUUGGUGGUACAUAGAAAUCUUUCAGUUAGGUGGGAAUUUCACCAUGUGCAUUUUAAAAAUAGAAAACAUAUGCAUAAAAGAAAAAUUUGUUAUGUACGUGCUAGGUUGUAUAUUAUAUGGCUCCUGUAUCGAGAUGUUACAGCAGAUGACAAACAGGAAAAGUUUUGCCAGCCCAGUGGCUUCUUGUGUAUGAUACUGUAAACACAAUGUGAUGAUAUGGUAAUUUCAUAGAGGAAUGAUUUUCUGCCCUGGCUAUGAAUUUGGUAAUCAGUGAGGUAGAUUUUAUUUUGCGGCAGAAAUAUAUUGAAAGAGUACUUGUUCAUUCCUCAAGGAAAGAAAAUUUUGUACAGAAAAGAAAUUGUCUAGAUGUUGUCUCUGUACAUUAUCAUCCUUUCCCUGUGUUUCACUGGCACUUAAAUUUUCAUAAAUUUUAUGUCAAACUAAGUAAAACAAAAGUUAUAGUUACAAAGAAAAGCUAUUGAUUUUACAAAUUAUGUUUUCAUGUUUUUCAUCAUGUAAAUAGGAAUAAAACUUUUACACAGUCAUAA